AUGCCGACGCCCUCGUUCGAGAGACAGCGUCCGGUAACCUUUUCGUGCUUCAUGUGGGCGGACGAUGCGGGUCUGUUCUCGACUCCGGGCUCCGACAAUCUCAACCCGACCCUCCCUGAAAGUGUCACCGAAUUGGGUGCACCCGAUGCCUUUUCCAUCUUGAGACAACACAGCCAAAAAUGGCAAGGGUCUCCCAGGAAAUUCUUUGAAGAUGCGUCAGCUUGCGAAAGCCAGUUCAACCGCGGCGGCACGCUGGGUGUAAUGCUUCGGAGGAUCGCGUUCAGGAUCAGAGUCGGCGAGUUCUUUCGUUGCCGAUGUACAUGGAGACACCGGGAAUUGAGCACCUUUUCAGCUCAUUUGACACGUCUCAAUCCGACGAUGUCCUCGGGUCACCUCGACAAGUCGCUGAGGAGGUGGCUGCGCGCUGGGGGCACUACGGACAUGAUUCUUCAAACAUGUGCCGCAGGUACCAUCGUAGCGAGCUGCAUGGCAAUUCCAGAUUCCAGGUCAGCUCUCUCACUCUUCAAAGGUGAAGGCUGCUCAUUGACUAUCGGCAGAUAUGAAUUUGCCCCUCGGGAGGCAGAGAAUGCCAAGCGGGAGCAGUUCCUCAAAAAUCUCCAUGCGCCAGAAAUCAAACAACAUGCGAAUGAAUUUGCAGCCCUUGAAAACGCGUUGAGAGAUCACAUCUUUGACGGCUAUAGUUGUCUGAGGGUCGACUCGCGUCCUGUCGAGCCAUACCAAGUCCUGGUUUUCGACAGCUUGGCUGAAGAUUCCCCGCUCCAGAACGCAAGUGAAAAUAGUUCCGUAGACGGGCAGCCGACCUCAACAGACCAACAGCCACUGACUUGUGCGAUGAUGCAAUUAAAUGAGCAUGUCGGAGUGCGAAUACCACAACAAUCGCCAUUCCAACAGUCGCAACAGGCCCUUUCAUCGUUCGUUCACGGACCCACGACUGUUCAUGUAUACGGCGAAACCAUAGCCGAAACUCCUUCGCAUCCGGCAUUCGAGGUGCAGCCUUGGCCCUCGACUAACACGAUACCGGCGGCUCCAGAAACGAUCGGUCCUUUGCUUCAACAAAACCUCGCCACACAUGCCGUGACGAGCACUCCGCUUCCUGCACACGAUAUCUGUCUGGCGGGUGACCAGCACUGCUCGACGGGCUCCUUGCCUACAAAUCAGGACAGGAUGCAGAUUCAUCUGGCGGAACAGAUCACCGCGAGUCCUCACAUGGCUGGAUAUGAACAGUACCAGUCUCAGGCGUCGCUGUCGACAUUUGGCAGACCUGCUCACGGUCCCUCCCACCUCAGGAUGGAUGUUCACCGGCAGUCUGUUGCAGAGGUCCCGUGGGAAUGCGUUGAGAAUCAAAAUCUUCAAGACAGCUAUCGUCCACAUGCCAUGAAUCCAAAUACGGCCAUGGCGAACCUAAGCUGGCUCCGUCCGCAGCCCCAGGGCCCAGGAUUCGGCACCGGCAGCGCACUGUCUAACGUGAACGAAAGUGCCAUGAUGAACUGCACAGUGGCAUUCGCGGAAUCCGAGACAUAUUACCUGCACAGGCAACCAGGAGGAAACAGCCAGGAAGUUGAUGUUGCCUCAACGAUGUGUACAACGAAUAUGGCAUCUUUGGGAGAUAUAAGACAGCGCAUACAAUAUUAG